AAUAUUUACAGACUCACUGAAAGGGAAAUUAAAUAUUGACCAAAGACAAUGUCUGGAUUUUCCAGUAACUUAUCAACAAAUGACUCUACCCUGUGGAAAGAAAAUCAUAAUUCGACGGACCUUUUAAAUCUGCCAGGAACUCUGAAUAUCUAUCUUUUUUGCCUGACAUGCUUAAUGACUCUUGCAGCCCUGGCAGGCAGCAUUUAUUCACUAGUUUCCCUGCUGAAAACGCACAACAGAACCGUUGUGUCCAUGCUUGUGGCUUCCUGGUCUGGGGAUGAUCUCAUGAGUGUCCUGUCGGUGACCAUCUUCAUGUUUUUGCAGUGGCCAAACGUGGUUCCUGACUACUUCCAGGCUCUGUGCACCACCUCUGCCUUACUAUACUUAUGCCAGGGCCUCUCGAGCAACUUGAAGGCGACUCUCCUAGUCUCCUACAACUUUUACUCGAUGCACAGGGCUGUGGGGAGCCAGGCGGCCUCCAGGAGAUCCGGCCAGGUGCUCGGCGCGGUGCUGACCGUGUGGGCAGCCAGCCUGCUGCUCUCGGCGCUGCCGCUGUGCGGCUGGGGCACCUUCGUGCGCACGCCUUGGGGCUGUCUGGCGGACCGCUCCAGCUCGUACGUGCUGCUCCUCUUCGCUGUGUACACUUCGGCCUUCGGACUCCUCGCCGCCCUCUCGGUCCCGCUCACUCACCAGUUGUUGUGUUCGGAGGAGCCGCCGAGGCUCCACGCCAACUACCAGGAGAUUUCCCGCGCAGCUUCCACUCCUGGGACUCCUCCAAGUCGGGGGAGAGUGCUUUCCUCGUCUCCAGAUGAUGCUCCGGGCCCGGCGCUGCGCUGUUCUGGGGGGUGCUCCCCCAGCUCCGACACUGUGUUUGGACCGGGCCCACCAGCGAGGGCACAGCCGGGGCAGGGGCCGGGACCCGAGGCUGCCGCUGUGCUUGGAGCCUGCAGGCGUGAGAACCGGGGGACUCUCUGUGGCACCAGGAGCUUCACCGUGAGCGUAGCGCAGAAGCGCUUCUCUUUGAUCCUAGCGCUAACAAAAGUCAUACUUUGGCUCCCCAUGAUGAUCCACAUGAUGGUCCAGCACGUGGUGGGGUUGCAGAGCCCUCCCUUCGACACACUCAGCUUUCUACUAACCCUGCUGGCCACCACUGUAACCCCAGUGUUUAUCUUGUCCAAACACUGGACCCACUUGCCCUGUGGCUGCAUCAUCAACUGUAAGCAGAACGCGUAUACAGUGGCAUCUGAUGGGGACAAAACCAAGAGGAGGGGAUUUGAAUUCAAUCUGUCAUUCCAAAGGAGUUAUGGAAUUUAUAAAAUAGCACAUGAAGAUUACUAUGAUGAUGAUGAAAAUGCUACAUCCUAUCACAAUCUCAUGAAUGCUGAAUGCAAAACUACAAAAGACUCUCAAAGAGACACUCAAAAUAUCGUUAAUGCUAUAAAAGUGGAAAUCAGCACCACACCCUCUCGGGAUAGUUCUAUACUGAAAGGGAUCAACAAAUGCACAAAUACUGAUAUUAUGGAGACUAAACAGGAUUGCCACAGUGGAAAGGGUGUUGACCCACUGCUUUCUGAAGAAACAGGAGGUGAUACUAACUAUGAAGAAACUGCCUUUUUGGAAGGACCAGAAAGAAGACUUUCUCAUGAGGAGAGUCAGAAACCAGACCUUUCAGACUGGGAAUGGUGUAGGAGUAAAUCAGAAAGAACCCCUCGCCAGCGUUCUGGUGGUGCCCUUGCCAUUCCCUUGUGUGCAUUCCAGGGGACCGUGUCUCUCCAAGCACCUACGGGGAAAACCCUAUCUCUUUCUACCUAUGAGGUAAGUGCAGAAGGACAAAAAAUAACUCCAGCCUCUAAGAAAAUAGAAGUCUAUCGCUCCAAAAGUGUUGGCCAUGAACCAAACUCAGAAGAUUCACCCUCCACAUUUGCGGACACCAGUGUGAAAAUACACUUGGAAGUUCUUGAAAUCUGUGAUAAUGAAGAAGCCUUGGACACUGUGUCAAUCAUUAGCAACAUCAGCCAGUCCUCCACACAGGUCAGAUCUCCAUCCCUACGCUACUCUCGGAAAGAAAACAGAUUCGUUUCCUGUGAUUUAGGAGAAACAGCCUCAUACUCUCUCUUUUUACCUACAAGUAAUCCUGACAGUGAUAUCAACAUCUCCAUUCCGGACACUGUAGAAGCACACAGGCAGAACAGUAAAAGGCAGCAUCAAGAGAAGGAUGGCUACCAGGAGGAAAUUCAGUUGUUAAAUAAAGCUUACAGAAAAAGAGAGGAAGAAAGCAAGGGUAACUUGUGACCAUUUUGUGUAAUAAAGGCAAGAAUGGGUCUGCAAGUUCAAACUACUAAACACUUUUGUUCUGAGGCUAUCUGAUUUCCUUUAUUGCCUUUUGGUUUACAUAAGCAUAACAGAUUCAGUAGUUCACUGUUUUUAGGAGGAAGAGCUGGAAGUAGUGUAAACAGUUAAGUGCUUUUGAUGUAUUACCUGUAGAUCACAAACCUGUAAAAGGGUUGCUUCUUAUCUGAUUCCUAAAGCUGUAUUCUAGAUCAAAUAUCAGCCUCAUUUACUAAUGUUUUUGCCUAUUUGUCAU